CUAUAUGGCAAGUACCGUGCACCUUAGCAUCGGUAAGGGGGAAGAAAGAUUCUGACUUACAAUCAUAAAAAGAACAUACAUCUCAGCUUAGUCGAUGUAAGUUAGCUCAGAUUAUUUGUAAAAAGAAAACGACUAUUAUUUGCUGCGUUUGAGAAUCCACAUCGGAUGCAUCUGAGAUGUAAAAAAUCUUUGAUCACGUGAUUCAGUAUACGUAAAUGUAAUGGGACAGAUGUGUCCGAUGUGGAUAAAAAAACGCUCGAGAUGUAAAAAAAUGCAUCCGAUGUGGAUUCUCAAACGCAGCAUUUAUAAUAUAUGUUGCUACUGUUCCAGAAAAUUUUCAUCUGGCAACAUUGCCCUAAACUGUCAGUUCUCACUUGUCAGCAUUUUGACAGUUGAUUAGGUAUAAAAAGGAGGUUAUGCCUAAGUUUAUGCGUCAAUAGAAAUAAUAGAAAUUUAUAUCAUAAAAUAAAAUAAAAUAUUACUUACCGGUAUAAUGGGCAAAGUGGGCAGUGUGGGCAGUGUGGGCAGGGUGGGCAGGGUGGGCAGAGGGGGCAGAGGCGGCAGAGGGGACAGAGUGGUCAAAUGGUACAGAAGAAUAAAAGAUCCACAACCUGCUAUAAUACUUCCCGAUGCACCUAUAAUUGUAACUAAAAAGAGAAGAAAAAGUAAAAUGUUUAGAAAGAAAGUAGCAAUGGAUUGUCAAGGUUCUAUAUUCUAUCACAAAUUUGAUAUUAAAAAUAACGGACCUUAUGACAAAGAUUACAUUAUAAAGUCAGUUGUGGACUUCGUUUAUCCUUCUCCUAUCGUACCAGUUAAUUUUCGUCGAAAUAGUAUGUCAUACUGGUUUGUAGCUAAAGACUGUCUGGAAGCCUUGUUGAAAAUCCUGAGUGCAGAGUGUAAAAUUCCUCAUCCUUUAGAUCCAGAUCAUCCAUUCUUCGUUACAAUCACAAUCAGAUAUUGUCUACCUGAAGUAAUAGAAGCACCAAAAGAAGUAUCUGAGAUAGACAAGUCUAACAAUGUCCAAAACGUUGAGCAAAACCGAUUCAGUAAAGAUGCUAACCUUUUUAUAAGUAAUUUUAGUUGCGAUGUUAGUAGUAACAAUUCUAAAACCACUCAAAACGUUAUGGAAAAACGAUGCGAUGAGGAACCUAGAAUGAUUGAAGCAAACAGUAUUAGUGGAGGUAUUGAUAGUAACAACUUUAAAAACGACCAAAAUGUCAUGGAAGAACAAUUCAAUACGGAAGCAAACAAUUUUAACACCAAAAACAUGGAAAAAGAAUUUAAUAGGCGGGCUGCCAACAUGUUAGAUUUAAACCAGCUUAGUGGUAAUAGUGCUAAUAACAUCUGUGAAAACAUCAAAAGUGUUAUGGAAAAACGAUUCAAUAAGGACACUAAAAUGUUAGAUUUAAGUAAUUUUGGUUCCGAUACUGAUUUAAAAGAAUAUAUUCCCAUAUUCACACCGAAUAAUUUCCGUUAUAUAAUAAAUGAAGUUGUAAAUAUGUGUCCUCACGCACUUAAUUUACAAAAUAAUAACAUAAAUUGUGCUAAUGCUUUAAAUCGCAUAAGAACGUUUGUGGAGAUUUUAGAUUUAAGCAAUAAUAGACUAAAACGUUUAAAUUCAAUACAAGUAUUGGGAGAAUUUUCAAACUUAACAGAACUAAGUUUAACUGGUAAUCCAUUGUGUGAAGAAUAUGGCCCUUAUUCUUACAAUUAUGUGCUAGAUGUUAAGAAGUUGUGCCCAAAUUUGAAAAAGUUGGAUGGUAUCGAUCUUACUACGCCGCAAUUUAGAAAAAAUUUCAUGGUCACUGCAGAAGCUGAGGAGUUUGCAGCUCAAUUUGUUGAAUACUAUUUUAAAAUUUAUGAUUCAUCUAAUAGAGUGGAUUUAAAUAAAGUAUAUGAUCCAUCGGCUAUGUUCUCAGUAAAUGCUAAAAUUAUUCCUAAGCAAAAAAAUUCUGAAACAGUUAAUAUAAAUCAUUAUGGUCUUGAUAAGCCUUAUUCUGUUUGUGGAAUGGAAGAUAUUAUGAAACUUUUUCAAGAAUUUCCAAAAACUUAUCAUGAUCCAUAUCCAAUUGUGUGUGACGUCACUAUAUAUAACACUAUUAAAGCAGUACUAGUGAUUUCUGGAAUUUUUAAAGAAUUUAAUCAAAUAUUAACAUUCAAUAGAAGUUUUUUCUUUAAACGCAUUGGACAACAAUUUUUAAUCACAAAUGAACAGUUGCACGUUAGCAACGCAUUGGAUUAUCAAACUGGAUGGAGCUUCAUAUUUCCCUCAGAUGUUACUCUUGCUGAAGCACCGUUGCCAUAUUUUUAUGAACAAUACAAACAAUUAGAAGAAGUCUUACAGAAAGUAACUAACAUGAACUUAGAGUAUUGUCAAAAGUAUUUGACUUACUGCAAUUACGAUUUGAAAAAAACACUAACACUAUUUGCAGAACUGCAUAUAAAUAAGGGAAUACCCCAUGAUGCAUUUAUAACCAAAAGCGAAACGAUAAAGAAGACAGGUGCAACAAUCUGCGAAGCCCUUCAGAAAAAAGUUGUGACAAAACAUGGUUGCAUUUCAUUAAAAACAUUAUGGGAUACUGUUAAUUGUGGACGACUACAAUCUUCGAAUGAUCCACCUAUUAUUAUUAAUCCAACGAUACAAAAAAUAUUUAAAACCUAUGUUGCCCCUUCUACCUAUGCCAGUAAUUUUCAUAAUUCUAUUAAUAGUGUUCCUUUGGCUUCCUUCCCCAAAAAAUAUGAUAGAAGUUCUAGAAAACAUAUAAAUAAUUUUGAAUCCAAAAUGCCAAAAUAUAUGGGUUGUUAUGAAUACCCGAAAACAAAUCAAUCUCUAGAUUCACAAAAAACAAAUGAAGAUAAUAUACCUAACAAAAGACCAUCUGAAAUAAAAUAUAUGGGUUGUUAUGAAUACCCGAAAACGAACCAAUUUCUAGAUUCACAAAAAACAAAUGAAGAUAAUAUACCUAACAAAAGACCAUCUGAAACAAAAUAUAUGGGUUGUUAUGAAUACCCGAAAACGAACCAAUCUCUAGAUUCACAAAAAACAAAUGAAGAUAAUAUACCUAACAAAAGACCAUCUGAAACAAAAUAUAUGGGUUGUUAUGAAUACCCGAAAACAAACCAAUCUCUAGAUUCACAAAAAACAAAUGAAGAUAAUAUACCUAACAAAAGACCAUCUGAAACGAACUUGAGCAAAACUGUACCCUCCAAAAGAUCUAAAGAUGAUAGAGUCCAAGAUAUUUCUGAUAAAGUAGAAUCAAAUAAAAGAUCUAACACAACUUCUAGUGCAACUAAUACAUUUUCCUUAUCGGGAUUAAAACAAAAUGAAACAGAUCGAGAUAUCCUUCAAUCAUAUUCUGCUCGGAGGUAUUCACAUAAAAUAUGGUCUAAAGAAGAUGUAGUCCAAAAUAUUUCUGGUGAAAUAGAACCGAAAAAAAAAACUAAUACAACUUCUAGUUCAGCUAGUUCAUUUUCCUUAUCAGGAUUAAAACAAAAUGAAACCGAUCAAGAUAUCCUACAAGCAUAUUCUGCUCGAAGGGAUCAACAUAAAAAAACGACGCUUGAAAAAACUGUCGAACGUAAACCAACAACAAAUAGCAACGUCAACAUAGUAGGUUCAUCUAAGGCUCAAAAUAAGUCACAAGGAACAGAAAGUAACAACACCAACGCAUUAAGUUCAUCUAAUACUCAAAAUAUGUCCGAAGCAAAUUUAAAUACAUACACAAUUCCAAGGAGGACACAGACUCCCGUGCAAGUUCCGCGUCCAAGUCAAUUUAGUUUAGAAAUGCAGAAGAAACUGCUGGCAGAUAAAAUAUUUUCUAAAGCUAAACCGAAAUCAAUACCAAAAAAGAAUGAGCCUAACAAUAAAUGUGAACCUGCGAAAACCAGCCAGCCUCAGAAAACUACCCAGCCAGAGAAAAGUUCCCAACCUAAGAAAACUACCCAGUCUGAGAGAAGUUCCCAACCUAAAAAAACUACCCAGCCUGAGAGAAGUUCCCAACCUAAGAAAACUACCCAGCCAGAGAGAAGUUCCCAACCUAAGAAAAUUACCCAGCCUGAGAGAAGUUCCCAACCUAAGAAAACUACUCGGCCCAAUAAAACUACUCAACCUGAGAAAACUACCCAGCCUGAGAAAACUACCCACCCUGAGAAAACUACCGAGCCUGAGAAAACUACCGAGCCUGAGAAGACUACUCAGCCUGAGAAAACUACCCAGCCUAAGAAAACUACCCAGCCUGAGAAAGUUACUCAGCCUCCACCACUAAAGAAACCAAUCCAAGAGAAUCUCAGACACGAUCCUGAGAAAUCUACUAAGUCUGCAAAAACAAAAAAAGAAAGUCCUAAAUAUGAAUUAAGUGGAGUUCAAGAAAAUCUCAGAAAACAGAAACAGAAAUUAAUUGAUCUUAAAAAUGAAUUAGAUGCUACAAUGAAAUUGGCUCCAGCGUCUCGACAAACUGAUAAUACGUCUAGGCAAAAUGUAAUUACAAAAAUGUGUCAACAAUUACAGGUAGAAAAAGCAAAACUUCUAGCGCUUAAAUCUAAUUUAAAUAUAAAAUUAAUGAGAACAAGACAAGAGCAAAGUUCUUCAGUAAACAGUACAGUUCAAGAAGAAACAAAAUUAGUAAAUCUGACCCAAGAUCAAGGCCCCACAGCGACUGCAGAUACUUCUGCGGCGACUGAAAAUACUUCGGCGGCGACUGAAGAUACUUUGCCGGCGACUAAAGAUACUUCUGCAGCGACUGAAGAUUCUUCUACAGAGAAUAAGCCGUCUUCGGAAGAUUUAUUUCUUCUGCCUCAGAACGAUCAAGAUAACGAAUAUAUCAAGGCACUGAAACAAGAUAAAGAAUAUAUCGAGGCCCUGAAACAAGAUAUGUAUGAAUAUCUAUGCAACCGAACGCCAGAAAGUCAACUACCCGAUGAGCUGAGAGAACGGGUACAGAUCUUAAGGCCGGCUCACCUUCCUGUUACUAAAUCGUACCGAUACGGUUUUAUAAUUGAUGGGCAACGAAUGCGCUUCCGCAUUCCGGCUCAAAGAAAAAGAAAUUUAUAAAGCUUGAAAACUACAUAACAAUUUAUAUUUACACCCUGUUGCAAAAACGUUUAUUAAAUCUCUCAAUGUUGUUGCAACCGGGUAAUAGGUUUAUUUAGAUUGUAGAAAAGAGAUUUUUUAAUAUAACAUCUACUCAGCUAGCAAUAUAUAUGUCAUUAUGACGUUGAUACCUGUUACGUCUUAUAACCAAACAUAUGACGUAAUAUUCACGUGAAAUUUUAUGUCAUAUGUUACAGACCUGAGACACCAUUUCACAGGUGAGGUUAACACGACGUGAUGCUACUUCAUCAAAAUGACGAAAACGUAAUUCGUGAAAAUGACGUGAUGAUAAUAUGUCGUUAAAAUGACGUAAUGGUAUCUCGUCAACAUAACGUUAUUUUUGGAUAAGAUAUUCCAAAAAUAAUAAUCGAUGCAAUUUUAUAUAAAUUCAUAUUAUUACGGACAUCACUCGGAUCUAUGUCUUUGUCGGGAACAAUAAAAUUUAUAAAAAUAUUUUGAUUUUCUGUACGCCCAUGAAAUUCGUAUUUGAUACGAGCGUAAUAUCCAAAAUUUCGGUUAUGUUAACGAGUUGAUUUCUGUAAUUUUAUAAUUUUGACUAUAUUUUUAUGCUUUACUAGUUAUAAUUGUAAAAACGUGUUUUUUUUUUUAAACAAUUAUCGUUUAUUUCUACAUUAAUUGUUCCAACAACAGCCAAACAAACAUAACCUUAUAUUUUCGAAACUUUCUACAUUCCUCCUUGUGACGAUUAGACAACACUGCAUGGUCGUGACUGCAUAAAUUAUCGAUGAUGUGCAUCGGUUUUUGUAUUAUGAAACAAUCUCCUUUGAAUUAUGACGUCCCAGAAACGUCACGACAUCUUCUUAACGUUUCAACAACGACUGUAGGUCGACAUCUGUAUUUCCAUGUCGUGUUACGUCGCAUGCCUACUGUGAGCCAAAAAAUGACAACAUAAUGACUUGUGGAUGGUAGCUGGGUACAUAUCAUCCUCUCAUCAAGAUCUGUCAAAUUUAUAAUGUAAUA